UCGCGUGUUUAUUGGCUCUUGCCACUUAUCGGUGGACUGACGGACCUGGGUGCCAGCCAGUCUCUCCACAGUGUGAGAGGGCAGAAAAGUGCAGAGUAGCAGGGUAUCUCUUGGUGGUAGGAAGGAGCCAGCAGGAAGUAAAGGCAUCGUUUGAGGAAUUUGUCAAGACGGGAGCAAUGGAAGGAGGGGGAGCAGGACUGUUCACCGGCCCAGGAGUGUGCAGUGGUGGUGCGCAUGAGCAAAAGGAAGACGAGGCUUGAUUUGUGGAGCGAGCGCGACUUCUCGUCGCGUCAACCAAUCCAGAUGCAGCAGAGGGGUGGGGUCUGGCCCUCACUGGCGGACGCGGCGUUUGCGCGCGGGUUUCGUCGCGUUGCAGCGGUUCGCGCGAGUCGUCUUCCGCGCCAUGGAGUCUGGGCUGAUCCGGCGUUUAGCGGCGCGCUUGGGUAUUGCCGAGCCAGAUGUGCUGAGGAAAGCAGAGGAGUACUUGCGACUGUCCCAGGUGAACUGUAAUGGCCUAUCUGCACAUACCACAGAAACCAGCAGUGCAGUCAUGUGCCUGGACCUUGCAGCUGCCUGUAUGAAGUGCCCCUUGGACAGAGCUUAUUUAAUUAAACUUUCUGGUUUGAACAAGAAGAUGUAUCAGAGCUGUCUUAAAUCCUUUGAGUGUUUACUGGGCCUGAAAUCAAAUAUUGGAAUAAGAGACCUAGCUGUACAGUUUAGCUGUACAGAAGCAGUGAACAUGGCUUCAAAGAUAUUGCAAAGCUAUGAAUCCAGUCUUCCGCAAACACAGCAGUUGGAUCUCGACUUAUCCAGGCCACUUUUCACCACUGCUGCAUUAUUGUCAGCAUGCAAGAUUCUAAAGCUAAAGGUGGAUAAAAAUAAAAUGGUAGCUACAUCUGGUGUAAAAAAAGCCAUAUUUGAUCGACUAUGUAAACAAUUAGAGAAGAUUGGGCAGCAGGCUGAUAGAGAGGCUGGAGAUUCAGCUGCUCCACCACAGAAGAAAAAGAAGACAAUGGCUGAACCUCUAGCAAAGGAAACAGAGAAGGUAGUAGAAAGCUCACAUAAACUGCAAGAAGAUGACGAUCUGACACAGGAUUAUGAAGAAUGGAAAAGGAAAAUUUUGGAAAAUGCUGCCAAAGCACAAAAGGCUACAACAGAGUGAUUGCAGCUUCUAGACUACCUUGGGUUGCAAACCAAUAGUACAUCUGCCACCUCAAUGAAGAUGUGAGAGCUUGGGAAUUUUGUUUGAAGUUUUAUAACAAGGAUCCUAAGGCUGUUGCCUUAAUAGCAAAGAAGCAAGCACUGCAGCUGAGCUCUUGGCGGCAGGCUGGCUGGUGACAUGGGCAGCAAAUUCAUUAGGUCAGGCACAGUGCCUGGUUGGCAUGGCCUUGGCUCCCCACAGGUAUGCAUUCCUACAAAAUGGAAUUGAAGCCAUUUUGCUCUUUCGUUUUAAGCAAAAGAUAGUUUCCUGUCCUAUCCCGAAUAUAAAAUUCAGGUUGAAUGGAGUCUUAAGGAUUUUACUUGGGUUUUUAUGUAAGUUUCAUGGUUUGACUAAAUCAGUGUAUGGUACAGCCUAAGUUAAUAAAUGUUAUUUUUAUAUGCA